GCCCGCUUCCCCUUGCCCAUCCGCCGCGGACAACUCAGAGGCGGGCAGCUGCCGGGAAGUCUUGGGCUUGGAGACAGAGCGCGCUUCCCUCCGGCCUUUUCCUUCUCGGCUCUCGGGCUCCGGCAGUCUCCGGCGCUAGAAGCUGGGUGGAGCCCUCGCGUGCAGAACUUCGGGGGAAAUGCGCGGCGGAGGCGUCCAGCUGAAGAGCAAGGCGCGCUUGAGGGCGGGCGAGCGAGCCGGCUUCUGGAGCCUCCCCUAGGCAGCUGGACGCGCGGCCUCAGAAAGGCUGCGGGGCUCGGGACAAAAGCCCAGGGAGUUGGCAAGAACUUCUGGCGGGGCCGCUAGUGCUGCCCAGCCGGGCAAGUGAGGGGCUAUGCAGCGCGCGGGAGCCCUUUUCGCCGGCCUGGGAAUGUGGUGGUGGCUCAGCUGGGACCUCGUCGCCGUCUGCGAGGCUGCCAAGGGCCGCGUGCCUCGCCUCCGCCUCUCCUAUAAAGAUCUCCUGGCCACUAACCGCUCAGUCCUGUUUCUUGGUCACCGGGGAAGUUUAGACUUUCGCUCCCUGUACCUAGAUGAAUACCGUGAUCGCCUAUUCAUUGGAGGAAAGGACACCCUUUACUCGCUUCGGCUAGACCAAACCAAUAUGGAUGUUAAGGAGAUUUACUGGCCACCUCUUCCUGGGCAGAAAGAGGAAUGCUUCCGGAAAGGAAAGGACUUAGUGACGGAGUGUGCAAACUAUAUCCGAGUUCUUUAUCCUUUAAACCGGACUCAUCUCUUAGCUUGCGGGACUGGAGCUUUUCAUCCCGUCUGUGCUUUCAUCUAUGUGGGACACAGAGGAGAGCACAUGUUCAGCAUGGAUCCAACCAGUGUAGAAAGUGGCCGGGGCAGAUGUCCACAUGAGCCUAAUCGGGCGUUUGCAAGUACAUUUUUUGGUGGAGACUUGUAUACGGGGCUAACAGCCGAUUUCUUGGGCAGGGACUCCGUGAUCUUCCGGACCAUGGGACAUCGCUCUUCUCUACGUACAGAGAUGGACCAGAGGUUGCUUAAUGCUCCCAAAUUUGUUGCUGCUUAUAUGAUCCCAGAGAAUGAUGAUCGGGACAAUGACAAAGUCUACUUCUUCUUCACGGAGAAGGCGGCAGAGUCAGACAGCAAAGGGCAUGCCAUCUUCAGCCGUGUGGGCAGAAUCUGUGUGAACGAUGCUGGUGGACAACGAGUGCUGGUCAACAAAUGGAGCACUUUCAACAAAGCCCGACUUGUGUGUUCCGUUCCAGGACCAGAUGGCAUUGACACACACUUUGAUGAACUGGAGGACGUCUUUCUUCUGAGGGCUAAAGAUGGCAAGAAUCCUGAAGUCUAUGCACUGUUUAGCACCAUCAGCAAUGUCUUCCAAGGCUUCGCCAUCUGUGUCUAUCGUAUGGCAGACAUCUGGGAGGUUUUUAAUGGACCAUUUGCUCAUAAAGAUGGUCCUGAUCAUCAGUGGGCAGCUUAUGAAGGCAAGGUGCCUUACCCAAGGCCAGGAGUUUGCCCCAGCAAAACCACCAACCAGCCAAGUCGUCAGUACUCCUCCACCAAAGACUACCCAGAUGAGGUACUGCAAUUUGCACGUGCUCACCCCCUGAUGAGCAAAUCUGUGUAUCCAAUACAACGGCGGCCUGUGCUGGUGAAAACCAACCUGCAGCAUCGCCUACGGCAGUUAGUAGUGGACCGUGUGGAAGCUGAGGACGGGCAUUACGAUGUCAUGUUCAUUGGCACAGAGGCUGGCUCCAUAUUGAAGGUCAUAGCCCUACAAAGAGGAAAUUUUGCUACUGUUGAAGAAGUUGUUUUGGAAGAGCUUCAAGUGUUUAAGGUACCAGUCCCCAUCACUGAGAUGGAAAUUUCUGUGAAACGGCAAAUGCUUUACGUGGGCUCACGGGUCGGUGUUGCCCAAGUGAAACUGCAUCAGUGUGAGACUUACGGGACCGCCUGUGCAGAAUGUUGCCUGGCACGAGACCCGUAUUGUGCCUGGGAUGGUCUCACUUGCACCAGAUACCAGGAAUCGGGCAAACGUCGCUUUCGCAGGCAAGACAUCCAGAAUGGGAACCCCAUGCACCAGUGCUUGGAUCAAAACCUAACAGUGGAUGACUUUGACAGCAUUGAGGAGAAGGUGGUGUAUGGGACGGAGCACAACAGUACCUUCUUAGAGUGUAUCCCCAAGUCACCCCAAGCUGCAGUGCAAUGGUUUGUACGUAGAUCUCCACAGGAGCUAAGAGAUGAGGUGAAAACAGAUGAACGAAUCAUGAAGACAGAAUAUGGAUUGUUGUUUCGGAAACUCUUUCGUCAGGAUACUGGAACUUAUUACUGCAGGUCUCAGGAGCAAGGCUUUACUCAGACUGUCACCAAAAUCAUUUUGGAAGUGGUUGAGAAUGAGCAGCUGGAACAAAUUUUCCAGAGGGAACAGGAGGAGGAGCUGCCUCGGCCUCCGUGCCGAGUCCCCAAUCUCCGCCUGCUGCAUGGACAGCGAUUGUGGUUCAAAGACAUCAUACAUCUGAUCGGCUAUGCCAAUCUGCAGAGAGUGGAGGAGUACUGUGAGCGUGUGUGGUGCGGAGAUCGGCCACUGUGGCAUAAAGGCAAACUCCCAAAGAGCAAGAACCUGCUGGAGGGUGGCAAAAAGGGAAGAGGCAAGCAGCCUGGUGACCGAAACCGGGUGCCCAGGCAAGCGGUGGCCACUGAAGGGGACAUGGAGGCAACUCUUGGCAAAAACACUCCAUGAAUUAAAAUCCAUCCUUCUAAAACUGCCCUUGCCCUGAUGGAGGCCCCCUUGCCCUUGCUGAACAACUGAGCCUAUUGACAUCCCUUCCUUCUGUCAAAAUGCUGGAGAUUUAACAAAUACCAAAGUAUUGUUUUUGUGUCCCGUAUUGACAACCCUGGUGUGAGUUGUAUCACACCUCACACGGUAUCAAGUCUAAGAAAGGGUAGAGGUGGCCUCACUCAUGAUUGUGUGUGUUAAAUGCUGCCAUUCCUAAAGCCUUAUGUUCAGUACGGCUGAGCUACAUGACUCAGAAAAGGAGACAUAAGGAUUUAACCGUGUGGCUGGGAGACUGUUACCAGCAGCCAAGGAACAGCAGUACCCAUUCCUCUUACAAGACUGAGAAGAAACAGUGGGGAGCUGAAAAGAAUGGAUAUAUAUAUAUAACCCUUGCUCUUCUGGAGGUGACAAGGAUCAGCCGUAGAUAACAAGCAACACAGUCACCCCUUUGAAGGAACAGAUGCUGUUUCCAGUGACUUAUUCUCCCUAUGCUACAUGCUGGGUAUGGGUGUGACCAUUGAACUGUGUGUAUCAUGGUACCUGGAGGUGCAAAGCAGAUCAUUACAGCACUUCCAGCCUCAUGCUUUUCCUCGUUCUGCCCAACAGGUCAAAAGCAAUGUCAAUUCUUCAGGCAUUAUUCCGUAUUUUUCAGAGUAUAAGAUGCACUCCCUCCUUAAAAGUGGCUGAAAAUUUGGGUGCAUCUUAUAGUCCGAAUGUAGCUUUUUCGAAGCUUUUUUUCAGCUCUAACGAUGCGCUAGCGAGUGAAGCAAUCUUCCGAGCUUUGCCUGCUCCCUCCGACUCUCAGCCCUGCUUUAGAAGCUUUAUUUCAGCCCUAACGAGGCGCUAGCGAGUCAAAUGAUCUCCGUGCUUUGCCUGCUUUUCUCAUUGCUUCUCUCUCCAAAGAUCAGCUGUGCUUUAGAAGCUGUUUUUUAUCCCCAAAUAAGGGAUAAAAAAUGUGCGUGCACGCUCAGAACCAGCAGACUAAUGUGCUGAAGCUGAGCAGAUUAAGGAUGCUAGCCAGAUGAAUACAUGGUAGACAGAUUUCUUUUUUCCUAUUUUCCUCCCCAAAAACUAAGCUGCGUUUUAUACUCCGAAAAAUACGGUACAUAGGAGUUUUAAAAAGGCCAGUUACGUUUACAAUACGAUUUGACCCUAAUGUUCAUUUAUACCACAUGUGUCCUUCUUAUGCACUCUCUUUCAAAUAACCAGUGGUUGGAGGCGAAACUAAACCUGACAAAGAAACAAGCAAACAAAUAAACAGAAACCUCAGGGGUAACAUGGACCAGACAAAAAAAAGUCUUAUGCAGCUCCCGUUACCUCCCUAGAUUUUUCUCAGACUGAGCAGAGAUUUCAGUGGGGAAAUGAAUGGCAGAAAAGCAGCUAAGCUUUUGUUUUCCUGAGCUCCCCCCAACCACCUGCCACUGUAAUUGUCCCCCCAUUCCUCUGUCGAAAAUCAGAGGAACCACUAGGCUAACCUUGGCCACAUAACGUACUGUAGUUUGGUUUACCUAUUCCUGAGCUUCCUAUAUUUUGCUUGCCAAUAUCUUAUCUUGUCCAGGAAACUCUGUUACUGUUAAAUACAGUUAAAAGUCUGGCUUCUCUGCACCACUUCUGAUUAUUUCAUUGCUGGCCACUUUUUCUUGGGCAGUACAACCAUCCACCACUGGAGGCCCACAUGAGCAUUUGCCCUAAAUAAGCCUUGCCUUUCAUGGACUUGUAUUAAUUCCUUUGUUUUAAAGAUUUGACAGCUAAAUGAAAACUAGCAGUUUGUUCAAUAAAUAAAUUAAAUCUUACAUAGCAA